CCCAGAGGCCAGAUUCAGCUCUUUCCUUGCCUUUAUCUGGCCCUUGUGGCACUAUUCCGUCCACUGACACCAACAAUGGAGCACUAUUUCUCCAACUGACACCAACAAUUGGACACUAUUCCUCCCACUAACACCAAUGAAGGGGCACUAUUCCUCCCACUGACAUCAACAAUGGGGCAGAAUUCAUUCCAUUGACGCCAAUGAAGGUACACUAUUCCCUUCUUCCACUGACACCAACAAUAGGGCACUAUUCCUCCCACUGGCACCAACUAUGGAACACUAUUUCUCCCACUGACACCAAGAAUGGGGUCCUAAUCCUCCUACUGACACUAAAGAUAGGGACAUUUUCCUCUCUCAUUGGCCCUAGU